AUGUCCAACCCAUCCGCUCCUCCCCCUUCUUCUUCUUCUUCUUCCUCUCGAACCCAAAACGACUUCGGAGCUGAUCUCUGGGUUCGCUCCGGCACGAAACCGCACCGACAUCCAACCGCCGGAAGAGGCCUGUUUGCCGGUCUCCAAGACGUCAAGCAUUACAAUGUCGAGUCUGGAUGGGCGAAACGGAACCCCAACGAGGCUCCAGGCGUUCUUGGGUCUUUGUUUAGUCGGAUCUUUGGAGGUAGCUAUCGACCUCCCGAGUAA